CUCGCUGCCAUUUCCCCCGGCACGCACCACUCCCCGCGUUCUACCCUAAUAGCUUUCGAUUCUAUCCUUGAGCUGUUGCCUGCUUGACGUCUGCCAUGGCGCCCGCCAACCAGCCCAUGUACAGCAAGGACGAGAAGGCGCUGUGCUUUCAUCACGAGCUGCUAUAUGAAGCCAAGGUGCUCGACUCAAGACCGGUAGACCCGAAUGAUAAGAAGAGUGCCUACCAGUACAAGGUACACUACAAGGGUUGGAAGGCUACGUGGGAUGACUGGGUGCCGCAAGAUCGGCUCCGCAAGCUUACCGAUGAGAAUCGCGAGCUGGCCAACAAUCUCCGCAAGGAGAUGGAAGUGAUGCGUCGCGGCUCUAGUUCGCAGAAGCCCACUUCGCACAAGAAGAAGACCGACCUGAGCUCUACUCGCGGUAGCGAGGGCCGCGAGACUCCUGUUGCGACAACCAGUCUGGCGGGCCGCAAGAGAGGUCGCGACUUCGAGGUUGAGCGGGAACAGGAUUUCCGUGCCCGGCCAGCUAUUCGCAUCCACAUGCCAGACAGGCUGAAGUCGUUGUUGGUGGAUGAUUGGGAGAACAUCACCAAAAACUUGCAGAUCGUUAAGCUCCCGGUCGAAUUCCCCGCCGCAGCGAUCCUCGACAUGUACCAGGAGCAAGAGAUGCCGAAGCGCGUAGCCGGCAGCGCUGAGGCCGACAUUCUCGAGGAAGUCAUUGCAGGCGUGAAGGAAUAUUUCAACAAGGCCCUCGGUCGUAUCUUGCUGUACCGGUUCGAGCGUGACCAGUAUCUUGACAUUUACAAGAGGACGGAGCAUCCGACCGACGACCUGGCGGGCAAGACGAUGAGCGAAAUCUACGGUGGAGAGCAUCUUCUCCGACUGUUUGUGUCUCUUCCUGAGCUCAUCGCGCAGACGAACAUGGAUCCGCAGUCGGUCAACAGGCUGCGGGAAGAGCUUCUCAAGAUCACCAUGUGGUUGAGCAAGGACGACACAGUCGGCCGGGUGUUUACGUCAGAGUAUGAGACGGCCGACAGCGAGUACGUUGAUAAGGCCAAGGGCGACGAGAAGCACUGAUGCGGCUUUGAGCGGCUGAAAAGGUGGGAUUGGGGUGGCUGCGAGCCGGUUAUCUGGGUGGUGCCCCUGGCAGUGUAUACUUUGGAGGCGUUCACGUGGCAGCUGACGAGCCACGAUCGAGGGUCCACGGCGCAGGUACCAGAUGUUUGUGUCAUUCCGAUUCCAGCAUGGUGCCAGGCGAGGGAGGGAGGGACGGCAGGCCCCACGCUGGCGGUUUCACGAGGCGGGGGGGCGAAAAGGGAGGCAAAGGCCUCUGGCGAUCUGGGCGCAGGCGAAACCAGAGUUGAUAGCAAAGCCAAGGAUUGCGAGCUUGGGAGUAUGCGAGUCCGGGCACCCGGGGCAGACGGCUCCCUGGGCGGCGUGAUCCCCGUGCUCGGGUUAUUACCGAAGGCUUGGUUUGGCAG